AUGCGGUGCUGGGCCUGGGCUGCCACUGUGACGCUCCUCUGCCUGCAGCUCACGUUCCUCCAGGGUGUCAGGGCCCGCCGGGAGCCCAAGAGGCUACGGCCACCGGGACAGCACACUGAGGCCCCCAACGCCACCACGACUGCCAGCGACAGGCUGCCCAGUGCCCCCCAGCCACCCAAGACCUCGGGACCUGAGUUCUCAGAUGCCCACGCGACGUGGCUGAGCUUUGUCCGGCGGCCAAAUGAUGGGGCCUUGAGGAAGCGGUGCCGAGGCCGGGACAAGAAGUCGCGGGGGCUCUUGGGUCCCCCAGGGCCUCCUGGCCCCCCUGGGCCCCCUGGACUCCCCGGUGCCGAGGUCACCCCGGAGGCCCUGCUGCGAGAGUUUCAGGAGAUGCUGAAAGAGGCCGCCGAGCACCGGUUCCCUGGGCUGCUGGAUCCACCGCUGCCCCAGGGGCUGGGCCUGCAGCUGGUGGCCGAGGCCUUCCACUGCCAGCUAAAGGGCCCCCAGCUGGUAGACAGGAGGACGCUGGCGGAGCUGCAAGGCUUCCAGGCUCCCACGGCACAGGGUGCCUUCCUGAGGGGGUCUGGCCUGAGCCUGGUGUCCAGCCGAUUCACAGCCCCGGUGUCCGGCAUCUUCCAGUUCUCUGCCAGCCUGCACGUGGACUGCAGCGAGCUUCAAGGCCGGCCCCGGCCACGGGCCCAGGACGCGGUGCGCGUGCUCAUCUGCAUCGAGUCUCUGUGCCAUCGCCACACGUCGCUGGAGGCCAUGUCGGGCUUGGGGACCAGCAGCUGGGUCUUCACAGCACAGGUGCAGGGGCUGCUGCAGCUGCAGGCCGGACAGUAUGCCUCUGUGUUCGUGGACAACGGCUCUGCGGCGGCGCUCACCAUCCAGGCCGGCUCCAGCUUCUCCGGGCUGCUCCUGGGUGCGUGAGGACCCCAUCCCACACCUGUGUCACCGCAAUAAAGAGCCUCAGCCUCUC